UAAUCUUUUUUCUGAAAAUUAGAAGCAAUGACAGUAGUCUUUGGUAUGAACUCAAUGUUUGAAACAUAAAAAUGACGUAAAGUCAUUACAGUCAAAAUCUAAGUGCAGACCAAAGGUUCUCCCAUAAAAUACCACUUAUUUGAACUUAUAUUUAUAAAUUGUAAAAGUAAAAUAACAGAUAUGAGUAGAGAAGGAAAAAUGAGACCGAGAUCUCCAACGUUCAGACGAGGCCGUCCUGUACCCAGACUGUUCAAUUUCACCCCACAUGAAGAAGAUGAAAUGACCACAUCAAAUUCUGAACUGAAACCAGUUGAAGAAGAAACAAAAACUGAGAUCAGUGAAGAAGCACAAGAACAUUGUGAGCCUUGCGAACCUUGCGAGGCGGUGGACCAGGCUGACGCUUUUAAGUCAGAGUUCGAGAGGUUCGUUGAGAUCUCCAAAUAUUUCUCAAGUCCUUUGCGUAAAAGUGCUUCAUAUAUAUGCGAGAACCGCCUUGUUUCCUAUCCAAAUCCAUUCGCCAUACACUACAAGCGUGGAGGGGUCACUACGCAGCACAUCAAAUUCUGCAAUCUUACUUUGGAACCAGUUUAUAUCAAGCUUUACAAGUUGAUACCAGAUUUAGAACAACUCAAAUACAUAAAUUUGUCUUUUUCUCGGUGUAAGAGGAUCCCACCUGGGCUGUCGUUCAAUUUAGGAUUCGUUUACGACGAUGUCAACGAAAAACCGCCUUGCAAUGCUAAAAUGAUUUUUGUGGCGUCCAGAAAAACUACCACACCGUGUUAUCAAAUCUGUGAAAUUGAACUUGAAAUCGAAGCUCAGAAAAUCAGGCUUGUCACUAUUUAAUUUCAUACCUAUUUUAAAAAUGCUUAGGCAAGAAAAAAAUGUGAAUACUUGUUGUCUGUAUAAAUAAAAUUGAAAUAUCUUCUAGAAA